GCGGCCGGGGGCCGGGCACCAGGGGGGCGCCCCGGCCCGGGGCCCCGCAGCGGGGCGGAUGGCUGCGGGCAGCAUCACCACCCUGCCCGCGCUUCCCGACGACGGGGGCAGCGGCACCUUCCCCCCGGGGCACUUCAAGGACCCCAAGCGGCUGUACUGCAAAAACGGGGGCUUCUUCCUGAGGAUCAACCCGGACGGCAGAGUGGACGGAGUCCGGGAGAAGAGCGACCCGCACAUCAAAUUGCAACUUCAGGCAGAAGAAAGAGGAGUGGUGUCAAUCAAAGGCGUAUGUGCAAAUCGUUUUCUGGCUAUGAAGGAAGACGGCAGAUUAUUGGCAUUGAAAUGUGUAACUGAAGAAUGUUUCUUUUUUGAGCGCUUGGAAUCAAACAACUACAACACUUACCGGUCACGGAAAUAUUCUGAUUGGUAUGUGGCACUGAAAAGAACUGGACAGUACAAACUUGGACCAAAAACUGGACCAGGGCAGAAAGCUAUCCUUUUUCUUCCAAUGUCUGCCAAGAGCUGACUUCAGUGGUAGAUUCUAUAGUCUAUGCCACAACACACUAAAGUGGUAGUUUCCUCCACUCCUUCCAAAAGUAGUAAAGUGUGAGCAAGUAUUUGAUAACUGCUUUUGCAGACGUCUGAUUACUAAAUAUGUUUGUAUAAUAUAACCUUGAUGUUACUGUAUGUUUUGAAACAAUUGUGCCAGUGUCCAGAGGAAAAAGCACCAGGAAAAUGUAUAGAAAUUUCAAUAUCUGUGCUUCACGUAUUUUCCUCUAGUUAGAGCUACUAUAUUAGCCUUAUGUUAGCCUUACAGUGUAAAGGAAACUUAAAGAUGUGCACACAUUUACAAGAAUAUUUA